GUCAGUUCCUGUGUUGGUGUUGUGAUGAGAGUCAGCUGGAGCGGAGAGAGAGACAGAAGAGCGGAUCGUCUCGCCGUCCUCUUCGUUUUUAAUGUGAAGUCUCACUCUUGGGAGAAAAUCCCCUUCUUUGCAGCUGUGUGUGAUUUGCCCCCCACCCCGCUCCAUUCAUGAACACCUCGGACAGCGAAGAAGAUGCUUGUAACGAGAGGACGGCGCUAGUGCAGUCUGAAAGUCCGUCCCUGCCCUCGUACACGAAGCAGAAUGACCCGCAGCACAGCACGACAGAGCCAAAACGGCGCCGGCCUGCUAACUCAGACUCUGAGGCGGGGAGUGUUACCCACGGGGGCACUGCCGCGGCAGAGGGGCGAGACCCUGGCCACGUCCCGGACGGUGAGGAUGAGGAGCUGACGCUGAAGUAUGGUGCCAAACACGUUAUCAUGCUCUUCGUCCCGGUCACGCUCUGUAUGGUGGUUGUCGUGGCGACCAUCAAGUCUGUCAGCUUCUACACCGAGAAAAACGGCCAGCAGCUGAUCUACACUCCAUUCACAGAGGACACCAACUCUGUGGGCCAGAGGUUGUUGAACUCUGUGCUCAACACCAUUAUCAUGAUCAGCGUGAUUGUGGUCAUGACCAUAUUUCUGGUGGUGUUGUACAAGUAUCGUUGCUAUAAGUUUAUCCAUGGCUGGCUGAUCUUGUCGUCUCUAAUGCUGCUGUUCUGGUUCAGUUACAUGUAUCUGGGGGAGGUGUUUAAGACGUAUAAUGUGGCGAUGGAUUAUCCGACGGUGGCGAUGAUUAUCUGGAACUUUGGAGCGGUGGGGAUGAUUUGUAUCCACUGGAAGGGUCCUCUACAGCUUCAGCAGGCUUACCUCAUCGUCAUCAGCGCUCUGAUGGCCCUCGUCUUCAUCAAAUACCUACCAGAGUGGUCAGCCUGGGUCAUACUAGGGGCCAUCUCUGUCUACGAUUUGAUAGCCGUGCUGUGCCCCAAGGGUCCGCUGAGGAUGCUGGUGGAAACGGCGCAGGAAAGGAACGAGCCCAUCUUCCCUGCACUCAUCUACUCCUCUGCAAUGGUCUGGAUGGUAGGGAUGGCCAGUCCAUCUCAAGCCACUGAUAACGCUGACCGGAGUACAGAUGAAGAAGCACAUCAUAAUGAAGACAGAGCUGUGGAAGGGGAAGAGGCGGAGCCUCAGAGACCGACAGUCCGUGGGCAGAACAGAAGUCACUCAGUGGAAGAGGAGCUGGAGGAAGACAGGGGAGUGAAGCUGGGGCUGGGAGACUUCAUCUUCUACAGUGUUCUAGUGGGGAAGGCCGCAGCCACAGGAGGAGACUGGAACACUACGCUGGCCUGCUUCGUAGCCAUCCUCAUUGGUCUCUGCCUCACUCUGCUGUUACUGGCCAUCUUUAAAAAAGCUUUGCCGGCUCUGCCGAUCUCCAUAACAUUCGGACUGGUCUUCUACUUCUCCACGGACAACCUGGUGCGGCCGUUCAUGGACAACCUGGCAGCUCAUCAGUACUAUAUCUGACCAAGGCUCCAGAGUGGUGACGUGGAGGGUUGUACUGCCUGCUGGGAAGCCAUAGGUGCGCACCAGUGACCUUGGUGUACUAUAUUUCAGUGAGAAAAAUUAAAAAUGUCUUUUAUUUAUCCUCGUAUCUGAGAUGGCUUUGAUCUUAUCUAAGACGAUAGGGUGUUUGAGAGCAGGCUGGUUGAUGACGCACCUGGAUAAGCUAACUGAUGACAGCCGCACGGGUCAAACAGCCAGUCAACUCUGCACUGCUGGUCAGAUAUGAAGAAAACGCAGUAUCUGUGGUAGACGACGUCUGGCGUUGAAAUCUUGGGUCAUAUGUAUCAGAUGUCUUACAGAAAGUGUGAUGAACUAUUCUUAGCAACUGUUGCUAGGUGGGAAAAGCUUUACAGAAUGUCAGCAAACAUCCCAUUCAAGCUAAUGGAGCAGAAAAUGUUAUACUAUUAUUUAGGGAUAUCCAGUUGUUUCAGAAUAAUAUCGGCUAGGGCUAAACAAAGUGGGCCAGGUGAAUUAAAUGUGAUUAUUUACUAUAAAUUAAGCUCCAUGAAGACCAACAAAUCCAUUUUAGCUCCAUGUUGUUAGAUUAAAUUCCCCCCCUUAAAACUUAAUGCUGAAUAAUAGAGUUUAUAAUUAAAACUGCUGCGCUUAAAAAUUGCACUUCUCCAAACUGCGAUUGUGAUAAAAAAUAUGAUUAAAUAUUCAGCCCUAAUAUUGGCAGAUAUAAAAGAAAGACCUGCAUUGGAUGAUUAGAGUUGAGAAAUAAUUCAAACCAAUAUUUGAUGACACAUUUAAUCUAUUGUGGAAAAUAAUUUACUUUUCAUUUUACUGCAUUUGUAAUUCCUAUAGAAAUUACUGCAUUUCUCCAUAACGAUAACAUGAAUUUAGACUGAAUAUUUACAUUUUGUGACAAAUGACAACUGACAUUGACGAAUAUGUACAGAAAAAUAUCAGAUAUCGACAUCGACCCAGAAUUCCCGUGUCGGUGUGUCUCUACUAUGUUCGCUAAUGUUCUGUAAAGCUUGUCCAACAUAAUGACAACAGUUGCUACAGCUAGAACACGUCUGUGGGCAGAACAUGCUGGUUCAGUCGGAUGUGUGAGGCCAAAACUGAUCCUAGAUCAGCACUCUUAUUAUGACAUUUGCUGCAUUUGCUCCAGGUCAGAAGUUGCCUUGACUGACUUCUCUGGCGCUAGAUACGGUGUUCAGAUGUGGGCUGGGUUUCCCUAAAUACUCUUUGUUGCCUUCUUGUCUUUGAAAAACUUGCAAAGAAACAGUUAUUCCAAAGCAUCAACCCCCAGUAAUAUAAAAUGUAUUCAGCACCACAGAAUGAACCAUGUUCUUAAGCUCAUGUAGCGUCUUAUCUGGAAAAAAUAAAUGUUCUUGCCAGACGGUGGCUGUCAUUUCGGAGGUACUGUAGACAGCAAAAUUGUUGUAUUCUAGGUUUUGCAUUACAAGAUAUUAGCUGUGUUAAUUUGACAGUUAAUAUCAAAGGCCUAUAUUCUUGUAAAUGGUGCUCUGUUAAUCUAUUUACGGUGUUACGUUUUAGCAAUUAUGACUUUGUAAACCACGCAUGACAAAGUAAUCUGACCAUUUGAUUUAGCCUUAUAAUCUUUGUGUGAAACCAUUUCUUAGAUUUAACAUUAGUGAGAAUCAUUUAACCCAAAAUCAAGCUACAAUCGUGUGCAAAAGUUUGGUCAAAUUUUAUGCUUGAAUAAUUUACUAAAGUGAGUACGUUUCUGAAUUUUGAAUAUUGGAAAUAAAAUGUGGCCUGUGCAAAAGUUAUAGCACAGUACAUUUUGUUUUGUUUUUUUUGUUAAGUAAAUAGAAAUUAUGAACUAUUAUUUGCAGAAAAAUUUUAUAUUCAAUUUGGUUCCCCGUAAAUGAUAAACUUAUUUUCAUUUAGAAAAUCAGCAAAACAUAACUGACCAGGGGUGUUGAAACUUUUGCAUACGACUGUGUUAUACUAACCCUCACAAAAAUGGAUUUGAUUCCUGUAAAAUUCUGAAGAACCCCAGAUCGGCCGAGUUCUUCCUUUCCACUGGCCGUUAACUCAACGGCUGUCGGAUCAUUCUGCCCUGAAAAGAAAGUACAACCACAAAAAUGAAGGCAGCUGUGAGAGUCUUAAACUGAUCUACUGCUGAACGGAAAGUUUUUUGCAUAUGCUGAGAGUGUAAUCUUUAUACUGAAGAGGAAAUAUAUAUUUUAUAAAUUAUGGUGUAAAGUUUUAAUUGAUUUUGUAUGGUCACAUACGACAGGAGAAUCCCUCACCGGUGGUUUUUUUUUUUUGGUUUUUUAGUCAUGUAAAUUCUACUGUUCUGGAAGAAAUAAGUGUAAAUUGUAAA